AUGCAUUUAUACUUUCAUUGUAACAUUCUGUCUCUCUCUUUUAUUUCUCUCUCUCUCUCUCUCUCUUAUUUCUCUCUCUCUCUCUUUUAUUUCUCUCUCUCUCUUUUAUUUCUCUCUCUCUCUUUUAUUUCUCUCUCUCUCUUUUAUUUCUCUCUCUCUCUUUUAUUUCUCUCUCUCUCUUUUAUUUCUCUCUCUCUCUCAUUUCUCUCUCUCUUAUUUUUUCUCUCUCUCUUAUUUUUUUCUCUCUCUCUUAUUUUCUCUUAUUUUUUUUUCUCUAUUUUAUUUUUCUCUCUUCUCUUUUUUUCUCUCUCUUUUUAUUUUUUCUCUCUCUUUUAUUUUUCUCUCUCUUUUUUUUUCUCUCUCUCUCUUUUAUUUUUUUUUCUCUUUUAUUUUUCUCUCUUUCUUUUUUUUCUCUCUCUCUUCUUUUAUUUUUUCUCUCUCUCUCUUUUUUUUUUCUUUCUCUCUCUUUAUUUUUCUCUCUCUUAUUUUUUUUCUCUCUCUUUUAUUUUUCUCUCUCUCUCUCUUUUAUUUUUCUCUCUCUCUCUCUUUUAUUUUUCUCUCUCUUUUAUUUUUCUCUCUCUUUUAUUUUUCUCUCUCUUUUAUUUUUCUCUCUCUCUCUCUUUUAUUUUUCUCUCUCUCUCUCUUUUAUUUUUCUCUCUCUAUCUUUUUUGUCUUACUCUCCCUCUUGUAUCACUCUCCCUUUUUUAA